AAAAAAUGUCCUUUUUUCCUCCAACUUGCUCUCGGCCACUUCCGGCACCAGGAGCGAAACUUUUCUCUCUGCUCUUUCUCCAUUUUCUUUUUUUUGUAAAGAAGUUAAUAGCAAUUGAAAUCAUCAAGUAGUCUUGAAAAAACUCUUCUUUCCUGUCUUUCUUUUAUUUGCAGUGUUUUUGAGGUACCAAAAUUGCCGUUGAUGUAACGAGAGAAAUGGUUUUGGAGGAGAGCGUGGGUUCGUGGGAUCCAGCUCCCCAGCCGGCGGCGGGGGCAUUCAGGGAAGUAUUUGGAACUCCCCAAAAUACCCCCGACCCAGGCCUCUGCCAGAAAAAUGUCUGCUUUGGCUGCAAGCAAGAGGGGCACUGGCCCCUGAGGGCGAAGCCAAGCCCUGCCCUGGAGGGCCGGCCGGCGGCCGGAGGUACCCGGAGAGGCAGUGCCCCUGUGGGCGGGGGCCUUGCAUCGUGCUGACGCCUAGGAUGGAGACCAAUCCCGACAGGGAUUUCUACAGCUGCCCCGGGAUAUCGGCUUAUGCUUUAACCAAAAUUCUUGUUUUAAAUCACUGGAAGUGUGACUUUUUCCUUUGGUGCGACAAGGCAAGUCCCAAACAGCAGCAUGGUUGCAACAACCCUGCGAAACCAGAUCACCAGCAUGGUGCAGACGAGUCUUCAUAUCCGAUAUGCCCUUGCGGUGCUGGAAGAUGCAGAGUUUUCACAAUGAUGGAUGGGGACAAUGCUGGUUGUAAAUAUUUCGCCUGUCGGAUAAAGAAGGACCAAGGAGCCUCCAAUCACUUCCAGUGGGUUGAUAGUCCAGCAAAAUUAUCAGGAAAAACCGGAAUAUUAUCUAGGUGAAACCAAGGUCCCAAACCAAAGAAUAGAUUGUGAAGAUUUGUGCCUACAUCACCAGAUGAAUUGGCCAUGCUUGAUGAAUUUUCUCUUAAUCCUUUGUUUUUAUGGUCAUAAUAUGGCCUAAUUUUCAAACAUUAGAUGGCAAUGGUAUGUUAUUACUGUGCAGUAGAUGCAGGUUUGAUGGCCAUGCUUCUUGCACAACUCUAGAUGGUACUGAAUGUAAGUACAAUAAUUCAUGUAUAACUUGGAGCAUAUUUUGUAUUGUUGUUUGUUUUGUAAUUUUAUCUUUUCAUCUUAGUGAAAAAUGACAUUGAAAUUGAUGUUGAAA